ACACACACACACACACACACACACACACAUACACACGCACGCAGAUCCGGGUGGGGGGAGCGGCAGCGCGAGACAGCGCGAGCCUCCGAGAAAGCGCGAGACACGCCGGCGCGUGCAGCUCCGCGGCCGCCGCUUCGCCCCGGCUCGAGCCCCGAGCCACCCUCAGCCCGCCCGCGAGAGCCCGCCCUGGUUAUUUAUGCGGCGGCCGCGUCCGCCGGCUGUGGCUUCCUCCGGCCCCCCCGGGAGCGCCCCCCACUCGCGGCAGCAGCUGCCGGGACUCGCGCGUGGGUGUGUUGUUUGGGGGCUUCUGCCUGGGAGCCGCGGGUGCCACCUUCUGGGACGCUGCCCACUGCGUCCUCGGUCGCGAUCAAACAGAUAAUAGAAGUCUGUUGAAGCUUCAUCUUGGCAUAUUCUGGAAGUAGAAGACUAUUCUGGAGAAAGGAUCAUUGUUAACAAGAGUAAGAUUUCUCAGCCCUGGGAGAGAGCAUUAACAUCUAUCCCUCUAAAUGGCCAUUCUAAUGUGAUGCUGGGGCUGAAUUUACCUAGGACUCCAUUUCAAGAUUGACUUGAAAGUCUCGUGGAAGAUCUGGAAGAAAUACGUAUUAAGUCAUGAUGCAGGAAUCUGCGACAGAGACAAUAAGCAACAGUUCAAUGAAUCAAAAUGGAAUGAGCACUCUAAGCAGCCAAUUAGAUGCUGGCAGCAGAGAUGGAAGAUCAAGUGGUGACACCAGCUCUGAAGUAAGCACAGUGGAACUGCUGCAUCUGCAACAACAGCAGGCUCUUCAAGCAGCAAGACAACUUCUCUUACAGCAGCAAACAAGUGGAUUGAAAUCUCCUAAAAGCAGUGAUAAACAGAGACCACUGCAGGAAUUGCUUCCAGAAACAAAAUUAUGUGUCUGUGGCCACUCUUCUGGUGAUGGGCAUCCUCACAACACAUUUGCAGUGCCCGUGUCGGUGGCCAUGAUGACUCCCCAGGUGAUCACUCCUCAGCAAAUGCAGCAGAUCCUUCAGCAGCAAGUCCUGUCUCCUCAGCAGCUCCAAGCCCUUCUCCAGCAGCAGCAGGCAGUCAUGCUGCAGCAGCAACAACUACAAGAGUUUUACAAGAAACAGCAAGAGCAGUUACAUCUUCAGCUUUUGCAGCAGCAGCAACAGCAGCAGCAGCAACAGCAGCAGCAGCAGCAGCAGCAGCAGCAACAGCAACAGCAGCAGCAGCAACAGCAGCAGCAGCAGCAACAGCAGCAGCAGCAGCAGCAGCACCCUGGCAAGCAAGCAAAAGAGCAGCAGCAGCAGCAGCAGCAGCAGUUGGCAGCCCAGCAGCUUGUCUUCCAGCAGCAGCUUCUCCAGAUGCAACAACUGCAGCAGCAGCAGCAUCUGCUCAGCCUUCAGCGUCAGGGACUCAUCUCCAUUCCACCUGGCCAGGCGGCACUUCCCGUCCAGUCGCUGCCUCAAGCUGGCUUAAGUCCUGCUGAGAUUCAGCAGUUAUGGAAAGAAGUGACUGGAGUCCACAGUAUGGAAGACAAUGGCAUUAAGCACGGAGGGCUAGACCUCACUACCAACAGUUCCUCCUCGACUACCUCCUCCACCACUUCCAAAGCAUCACCACCAGUCACACAUCAUUCCAUAGUGAAUGGACAGUCUUCAGUUCUAAAUGCAAGGAGAGACAGCUCGUCACAUGAGGAGACUGGGGCCUCUCACACUCUCUACGGCCAUGGAGUUUGCAAAUGGCCAGGCUGUGAAAGCAUUUGUGAAGAUUUUGGACAGUUUUUAAAGCACCUUAAUAAUGAGCACGCAUUGGAUGACCGAAGCACUGCCCAGUGUCGAGUGCAAAUGCAGGUGGUGCAACAGCUAGAAAUACAGCUUUCUAAAGAACGGGAACGUCUUCAAGCAAUGAUGACCCACUUGCACAUGCGACCCUCAGAGCCCAAACCAUCUCCCAAACCUCUAAAUCUGGUGUCUAGUGUCACCAUGUCGAAGAACAUGUUGGAGACAUCCCCACAGAGCUUACCUCAAACCCCUACCACACCAACGGCCCCAGUCACCCCGAUUACCCAGGGACCCUCAGUAAUCACCCCAGCCAGUGUGCCCAAUGUGGGAGCCAUACGAAGGAGACAUUCAGACAAAUACAACAUUCCCAUGUCAUCAGAGAUUGCCCCCAACUACGAAUUUUAUAAAAAUGCAGAUGUCAGACCUCCAUUUACUUAUGCAACUCUCAUAAGGCAGGCUAUCAUGGAGUCAUCUGACAGGCAGUUAACACUUAAUGAAAUUUACAGCUGGUUUACACGGACAUUUGCUUACUUCAGGCGUAAUGCAGCAACUUGGAAGAAUGCAGUACGUCAUAAUCUUAGCCUGCACAAGUGUUUUGUUCGAGUAGAAAAUGUUAAAGGAGCAGUGUGGACUGUGGAUGAAGUAGAAUACCAGAAGCGAAGGUCACAAAAGAUAACAGGAAGCCCAACCUUAGUAAAAAAUAUACCUACCAGUUUAGGCUAUGGAGCAGCUCUUAAUGCCAGUUUGCAGGCUGCCUUGGCAGAGAGCAGUUUACCUUUGCUAAGUAACCCCGGACUGAUCAAUAAUGCAUCCAGUGGCCUCCUGCAAGCUGUCCAUGAAGACCUCAAUGGUUCCCUGGACCACAUCGACAGCAAUGGGAACAGCAGUCCGGGCUGCUCACCUCAGCCACACAUACAUUCAAUACAUGUCAAGGAAGAGCCCGUGAUUGCGGAGGAUGAAGACUGCCCCAUGUCCUUAGUGACAACCGCUAAUCACAGUCCAGAACUAGAAGACGACAGAGAGAUCGAAGAGGAGCCUUUAUCUGAAGAUCUGGAAUGAGAACUGACUUGUGAAACCUCAGCGUGAAGGGACAUAUCACUGACCUUCAUAACCACUCCACAACCAUGAAUAUUUGACAAAUUUUUACUGUGACUAUUUAUUAAGCAUGGAUAAAGGAGACAGCCCUAAAGGAACUUAUUAAGCCAGCCCUUUGGGAUUCAGUACCAACAGGCAAAUUGCUUGUUUUCUUCUCUCUCUCUUUCUUUCUCUCUCUCUCUCUCUCUCUCUCUCUCUUUUUUUU